CUGCUUGCUACCGGGGUAACGGAGUUUUGAGGUUGCACGGAAUGUUGCCGGUGUAGCAGGAUCUCCCGCCAUUUUUCAACCAGCGAUAAAACCCUCUUGUUUGUUUAUGUAAUCAGCACAUCCUUCAAAACACCGUUUACGCUGUCUAUAGUCGCCACGGACGAGGGAUUGGUACGUUGCUUUGGCCUGGAGGAUCGACCGCAACCCGGACCUGAGCGGCACAAGUGAGCCUGUCACAGCAGCUCUGACGGGCGGCCUUUCGCGCUUCAAUACCCGGCAUCCGGGAGCUUCCGUUCACUCCAUACGCGCUUUCCAGGCGUUUCGCCAUGACCCCACCGGCUCCACGAAACCAGCGGAUUUAACACAGGGAUGUAAUUGACCAGUCAAACCGCAGUUUUGUUUCUGUUUUGUUUUGACUUUUACGCGCUUUCUGAAAGUACCGAAAGCACCGCGCGCUAGCCUAGCCCCGAUGCUACGCCGCUGAGACGCGCGAAUUUCACCGCAUAUUCAUUUGGAGCUGGGAUUGAGAGGUGGGUUAGUUCAGUACUACGCUUCGCUGAUACAUUCAGGACCCCGCGAUGGCACCGUUACUAGGCCGGAAGCCCUACCCGUUGGUUAAGCCGCUGUCGGAGCCGCCGGGCCCAGGAGAGGAGGUGUACACCAUCGAGCACACUAAAGAGGCCUUCAGGAACAAAGAAGAGUAUGAAGCUCGGCUGCGCAGGUAUGGAGAGCGGAUCUGGACAUGUAAAAGCACUGGCAGCAGUCAGCUCACGCAUAAGGAGGCUUGGGAAGAGGAGCAGGAGGUCACGGAGCUGCUUCAGGAGGAGUAUCCAGUGUGGUUUGAGAAGCCUGUUCUGGAGAUUGUGCAUCAUAACACAGUACCUCUAGAUAAGCUAGUGGAUCAGGUCUGGGUGGAGAUUCUCACGAAGUAUGCUGUGGGCGAGAAGUGUGACUUAAUGGUUGGCAAUGAUAAAACUUUGAGUGUGGAAGUGGUAAAGAUUCAUCCGCUGGAAAAUCCUCCAGAAGAAAAUGCUGAAAAAAAAAUGGAAGGAGCUUGUGACUCUCCAUCCAGCGAUAAAGAGAACGCCAGUCAGGAGAACCUAAAGAAGGAGCCACAGUCCAAAGAGGAGGAGAGCAGGAGAGAAAGUCUCUCUGAUAGGGCCCGCCGCUCACCGAGGAAACUCCCGACCACUAUGAAAGAGGAGAAGAAGAAAUGGGUCAUGCCGAAAUUUCUGCCACAUAAGUAUGAUGUCAAACUUGUCAACGAGGACAAAGUGAUCAGUGAUGUUCCUGCAGACAACCUGUUCAGAACAGAGCGGCCUCCCAACAAAGAAAUCAUGCGCUACUUCAUCCGACACUACGCACUGAGGCUGGGCUCAGGAGAGAGCGCCCCCUGGGUGGUGGAGGAUGAGUUGGUGAAGAAGUUCAGCCUGCCGAGCAAAUUCAGUGACUUUUUACUGGAUCCUCACAAGUUUUUGGCGGAAAAUCCAUCCACUAAGAGGAAAAGCUUGAGUUCGCCGGAAGGAAAACCCAGGAAGAGGCUGAAGAAUGUGGAGACAGGAACAGGCGGUGAGGGAGCAAAAGGGGACAAGAAGAAAAACAAAGACUCUCAGAACAUACCUCUCAGCCCAACCAUCUGGAGUCACAUGCAGGUGAAGAAAGUUAACGGAUCACCUUUAAAAAUGAAAAACUCAGGUACAUCUAAGAAAUCGGACGAGGAAAACGUCCUCGGCACUCCAAAAUCUAGUAAGAAGCAGGGAGAUAAAAAGUCCUCUGACCCCAAAAGAAGACGCAAAAGUGGACUCAACAAGACUCCCAAUAGUCAGAGGCUCUCUAAAAAGGAGGAUAAAAGUCUCGGAGGCGCCAAGAAACCCAGAAUGAAGCAGAUGACCCUUUUGGAUCUUGCUAAAAGCCCAGCUGCUGCAGGUAGCCCAAAAAAGCAAAGGCGAAGCUCAACUACUGGCUCUGCUAAGCUGGGCAAACCUUUUCCGCCCAUGGCCUUACAUCUCCUUCGGUUUUACAAAGAGAAUAAAGGCAAAGAAGACAAGAAGACCACUCUCUCCUCGCUGUUGUCUAAAGCAGCGAAAGCGCUGUCCCCAGAAGAUCGCUCACGACUUCCUGAGGAGCUGAAAGAGCUGGUGCAGAAGCGCUGGGAACUUCUUGAGCAGAAACGCCGAUGGGCCCUCAUGAGCGAGGAGGAAAAACAGAGCGUGCUGAAGCAGAAACGUCAGGAGGUCAAGCAGAAGCUGCGUGAGAAAGCUAAAGAGCGGAGAGAGAAGGAGAUGCAGGUGAGGCGAGAGAUGUCUCGACGGUAUGAAGACCAGGAGCUUGAAGGCAAGAACUUACCAGCUUUCCGUCUUUUUGACAUGCCAGAGGGCCUUCCCAACACCAUCUUUGGAGACGUAGCCAUGGUAGUGGAGUUCCUUCAUUGCUACUCCGGCCUGCUGAUGCCUGACGACCAGUAUCCCAUCACCUCCAUUGCGCUCUUGGAGGCUCUCGCUGGAGAAAAGGCUGGAUUCCUCUACUUGAACCGUGUGUUGGUGGUUUUACUGCAAACACUUCUGCAAGAUGAGCUGGCAGAAGGUUACAGUGAGCUAGACAUGCCGCUCUCUGAGAUUCCUCUCACCAUGCACUCCGUAUCAGAGCUGGUGCGCUUGUGUUUGCGUCCAUCAGAUGCACAUGAGGAAGAAAGUGCCCGUGGCUCUGAUGAUUGGCAGUCUGGCGCGGACUUUGAUGACAUGGUGAGCAGUGAGUUCUUGGAGAAGCUGGAGACGGCAGAGGUGUUCGAACUGGACCCCCAGGAGAAGGUCAGUCUGCUGUUGGCUCUGUGUCAUCGUAUCCUCAUGACCUAUUCGGUGGAGGAUCACGUGGAGGCGGUGCAUCAGAAAUCGGCUGAAAUGUGGAAAGAGCGGGUCGCCACGCUCAAAGAAGCCAACGAUCGCAAAAGAGCAGAGAAGCAGAAACGCAAAGAGCAGAUGGAGACCAAAACUGAUGGUGAUGUUCUUAUAAAGGCAGAGAAGAAGAAAGAAUCCACCGUGAAGAAAGAGACGCCUAAGGUUCUCCCCAAAGAGGAGCCAGAGCCUGAAGACAUGAUCAGCACAGUGAAAAGUAGACGCUUGAUGUCCAUUCAGGCUAAGAAAGAAAAAGAAGAGCAGGAACGACUGAAUAAAGUGCGUAUGGAAAAGGAAGCAGAAGAGGAGCGUAUCAGGAGGCAAAAAGCUGCCACUGAGAAAGCCUUCCAGGAUGCCGUCACUAAAGCUAAGCUGGUGUUGAGGAGAACGCCGCUGGGUACAGACCGCAAUCACAACCGCUACUGGCUGUUCUCUGAUGUCGUUCCUGGACUAUACAUUGAGAAAGGAUGGGUUCACGAGAGUAUAGACUACUCGUUCACACUUCCUCCUGAAGAGGAGCCAGUGUUGACCGAAGAAGAAGAAGAAGAGGAGGAGGUGAAAAAAGAGGAGGAGACAGAAGAUGGAGAGAAAGAAGAUGAGGGCAGUAUAAUCAGCGCAUCUAACGACAUUAGCCAGCAGGGGGCGCCAUCGCAUGAGUCUUCUAUCGAGACCACUGUGCCCAAACAAGGCCAAAACCUCUGGUUCGUGUGUGAUACACCAAAAGACUUUGAUGAACUAUUAGAGAGCCUUCACCCUCAGGGAGUAAGAGAAAGUGAACUCAAAAUAAGGUUACAAAUCAAUUACCAGGAAAUCUUGCAUUCCAUCCAUCUGACGAAAAAAGGAAACCCAGGCCUGAAGACCUGCGACGGACACCAGGAGCUGCUCAAAUUCUUGCGCAGUGACAUUAUCGAGGUGGCUUCUCGUCUGCAGAAAGGUGGCUUGGGAUACUUGGAAGACACAUCCGAGUUUGAGGAAUUUGAGGAGAGGGUAAAAACGCUGGAGAAGCUGCCGGAAUUUGGGGAGUGUGUGAUCGCUCUGCAAGAGAGCGUUAUCAAGAAGUUUCUGCAGGGCUUCAUGGCACCCAAACAGAAGAAGAAAAAGAAGACUGGUGGUGAGGAGAGCACAACGGCUGAGGAGGUGGAUGAUCAGAAGAAACUGGCUGAAGAGGCCCGGGUAGCAACAGCGGUGGAAAAGUGGAAAACUGCUGUUCGUGAAGCGCAGACUUUCUCUCGCAUGCAUGUUCUGCUCGGCAUGCUGGACGCCUGCAUCAAGUGGGAUAUGUCUGCUGAGAACGCUCGCUGUAAAGUGUGCCGCAGGAAAGGAGAGGAUGAUAAGUUGAUUCUGUGUGAUGAGUGUAACAAAGCCUUCCACCUGUUCUGUCUGAGACCGGCCUUGUACCGUAUACCAGCGGGCGAGUGGCUCUGUCCAGCCUGUCAGCCAACCAUUGCCCGACGCAGCUCCAGAGGAAGAAACUACAAAGAAGACUCUGAGGAAGAGGAGGAUUCAGAGGAAGAAGAUGAAGAGGAAUCUGAAGAGGAAGACUCAGAAGAAGAACACAGAAAUACAGGACACAGCUUGAGAUCAAGGAAAAAGGUCAAGACAUCUUCGAAGUCCAAAAUGCAGAAGAAACCUGCCAAACCUGCUUCUAGAUCAGCUUCUAAAACAGAUACUAACCCUUCCAAAACUUCUCCCAAAUCUUCUGCCAAACCUAAAUCACGAGCUGCACCAAGCAGCCCUGUUGACAUCGAUGAACUGGUCCGGCAGAGCUCCAAGCCUCCAUCAAGAAAAAAGGAUGUCGAGCUUCAGAAAUGUGAGGAGAUCCUUCAGAAGAUAAUGAAAUUCCGCCACAGUUGGCCCUUCAGGGAACCCGUAUCUGCUGAAGAGGCCGAGGAUUAUCAGGACGUCAUCACCAGCCCGAUGGACUUGACCACCAUGCAGGGAAAGUUCAAAUCAUCCGAGUAUCACAGUGCCAGCGAUUUCAUCGAGGACAUGAAGCUCAUCUUCUCCAACGCAGAAGAAUACAACCAGCCCAGCAGCAACGUCCUGACCUGCAUGUCCCGCACCGAGGAGGCGUUUGUCGAGCUCCUGCAGAAGAGCCUUCCAGGAGUCAGUUACCUGCGCCGUCGGACAAGAAAACGUGCUGCGACUCCAUCAGACAACAGUGAUGAUGAUGAUGAUGAUGAGGAGGAGGACGAGAGGUCAAAGAAGCAGAAGAAUGGGAAGCAAGGCAAAAAAGCCUCAUCCAAAAGAAAGGUAGACAACUCCAGACGGAAAAAUGCUAAACGAAACAAAGAUGACAGUGAGAGUGAAGAAGAUGAGGAUGAGGAUGAUGAGGAAGAGGACGACGAGAGGUCAAGAAAGCAGAGGAAUGGGAAGCAAAGCAAAAAAGCCUCAUCCAGAAGAAAGGAAGACAACUCCAGAAGGAAAAAUACCAAACGAAACAAAGAUGACAGUGAGAGUGAAGAAGAAGAAGAUGAUGAUGAGGAAGAUGAGGAGGAGGAAGAAGAUGACGAGGGGUCAAAAAAACAGAAGAAUGGAAAGCAAGACAAAAAAAACUCAUCCAGAAAAAAAGGCAACUCGAGGCAGAGAAAUACCAAACGAAACAAAGAUGAGAGUGAAGAUGAUGAGGAUGAUGAUGAUGAUGAAGAGGAGGAGGAGAGGUCAAAGAAGCAAAAGAAUGGGAAACGAAGCAAAAAAGCCUCAUCCAGACGAAAGGAAGACAACUCAAGACGGAAAAAUACCAAACGAAACAAAGAUGACAGUGAGAGUGAAGAAGAUGAUGAUGAGGAAGAGGAGGACGAGAAAAUGAAGAAGCAGAAAAAUAGGAAGCAAACAACAAACAGAAGAAAACAAGACAACUCGAGACAGAAAAAAACAAAACAGAACAAAGAUGACAGUGAGAGUGAAGAAGAUGAUGAUGAGGAUGAACCUGUGAGAAAGAGCAGGCGGACAAAUCGUAAAGAUUAUCACGAGCAGGACAGCGACAGUGAGCAGGACAGCAGGAGAACUGGUUUGAGACGGACAUCGCGAGGAGUGACGGACAACAAGGAAGCCAGCAGUGAUGAAGACUCAGGAGGCCAGCGACAUUCCAAGAGGCUCAAACGCUCGUGAAGACCAGGGUGUUUUUUUUCUUUUCUUUAUUAUUUUGUGUUUGUUUUGUACCCUUCCCCCUCCUUAUUAAUCAGGAGGUGAAACGGGCCACCCCAAACCCAAUGCAUAUCGGACAGAACCCUGAAAUCUCACUCCCGGUGUAGAUGUUUCUGUUUAUUUUACUAUUGUUUUGAGACAUUUUUAUGUUAAUAUUGGAGAAAACUGAUUUAUAUUUGUAAGUUGAUUAAUAAUGGUGACUUUCGCCUUUUCAAUUUGACAAUUUGCAUUGAAAACGAGACGUCAUCUUUUUUUGAGCUCUUAAGACUUUUUCAUUUUGAUAUUUGACCUAAAAAAUACAAAAGAGAAAAAAAAUGAAGCCACUUAUAUUACGGAAAAGAUUGCAAACGGGUUGCAAACACCACCAAGCCAUGUGUCGUAUUGAUAGAUUUGGAAGUAACGAUACAAAGUGAUCCCGAAAGAAACCUCACACUGCCUUUAAAGCGAGUUUAACCCGUGACUGUCCUAAAAGAGAGGCUCUUUAGAUCCAACUGACCUUGUGUUUUCUCAGAAGAGCUGUUUAAUUGGCACCAAACCCCCAUGGUGGUAUGACAUUGAAUUAAAACUCUUUAUUUUUGAAUGUGCCACCCAGUUGUUUAAUUUCUUUUUCAAUAAUAAAAGAAAACUGUCAUCCUCAAGUUUGGUUAACACCUUCUGUUUGUGAAGAAAAAAAUCACUCAUUCAUCUAUUGAAUUAUUGUAAAAACUCAUGCUGCUCUUAUUCCCAGUAGGUGGCACUCUACUACAGUGGUCUUCUAAUGAAAAUCCCCCCCCAUUUGUGUUAAACUGACAUUUGAAUGUUAUAUCCCCACCGAAAUCCUUUUUCAGUGAUGAACUGAACCUGAAAUCAAGAGGGUAAAAUCAGACACAUUCAUAAAUAUGAGUGUAUAAUAUUCAUCUUUCCUUUUUAUAUUAAUAUGUAAAUAUUACACACUGGCUGUAUUUUGAUUUUUAACUAUAGCCACGGAAAUUCAGGGCUGCUCAGGGCUCUACUUUGGAUUUUUAAAAGGAUUUUUCUGCUUUAAUUGUCCCCCUUAUUUGGAUUAAGCUGAAUUUCAUCUUCAAAAGCGAGGUCACUAUCAUAAUAUUCACUCUUUAGGCUUGGUAUUCCUAUUUCUUUGUAUAAUUUUUUUGUUGUUUUUAAAACUUUACAGUAUGUUCUCGAGUUGACCUGUGAAAACUAUAAUACGUCAGACCAAGAUUGCUUGGAGAAAGAGCUAUAGAGUGUAAAGGCUCUCUUUCAGUUAUCAGAUGCUUUCAGGAGGUUCUAGUGGUGGUCAAAGCUUCUUUCCUAUGUAUUAAUAGCUCCACAACCUGGUAGGGAAACUUAAGUUUAAAGAGAUCCUUAUUUCUUGCCCCCUUUUGCACCCACAAAGUGCACCUAUUCGGAAAGUGUUUCUUAUUUUAAAGACCCCUUCAGUGUCACUGCCAGUUGUAAAAUCUUGUGUUAUAUAAAAAAUAAGGGGCGGGAAUGAAGGGGAGGGCCUGGUAGGUUUGGGGAUGACUUUUUUUUUUUUCCUUUUUUGUGUAAUUUCUUUACUUUUUAAUAAAACAUUGUACAAUGUC